CUUUGAGUGAGUCCUGACUUAGAGCAAGGGCAUCGCAUCCCGCACGGUUCCCCGUUCGGCUGGAAAUCCUCAAACGCUGCUCGUCGGAACGGGAAAAGUGGGCUCGAGUCGACGUUGGCCUAAGGGGGUGGGAUUUUCGUGAAUGCUGGGGAUGCGAGAGCCAGCUUUUCACCACCUGACGUGGACGACAUCCUACCCAUCCGCCUACCUGCGGCUGAAGGAGAAGCAUGCCUCCCCGUCGUAUAACGUCAUUCGACGUCGCCGAACCAUGGGAGGGCCUCUUAUCAUCAGAAUAGCUCGCUCAGAAGUACAGUACGUGUUAAAAUCAUUGGUUAAUCCUGAAUAUCGCCAGGAACGAGGAAAAUCAAUAGUCAUGGUACGAUGCGUGAUAGUGGAUACCGGUCUAAUUGGUUCCUUUGAGAGAAAUGUUGAUAGUGGCGCGUACCUUAACAUGCCUGCGAACGAGGUCGUCCCCAUACGGUCACGAAACCUGGCUGAGCUCCAGCGAUGGACAACGAUUUAUGGUUCCGUAUUGGUUGUAGAAAAUGUCCACAAGGAACGGUUGUUCAGCCUUGAGACCUGCUAUGGUGUCGGUGAGCUCAUCGAGCAUUCAUGCGAUCCAUAUGAUUGCAUCUUGUGA